CAGGUUUCGCUUGCUGCUGAGGGGAGGCGGGAACUAAAACUUAACACUCCGUGCUUCUCCCGGCUCCAAAACCAACAUACCCACAGGACUCAAACGAGAAGGUGGAGCAACAGGUAGGCGUCCUUCAACUGCAUCGCUCGGCUCAAUCUGUCGGUGUUCUGCAGGGAACAAAUGAACCGAGAGGACCAUGCACCAUGCGGGAAUAUAGGACCAGAACUUUGCCUCGUUUCCUAUUUGUCUGUAACAACUGAGGUGGAGACUUGAGAAUUUUACUCUUGAGUUUCUUGAUUUUUUUACCCCCUCGGCUGGGAACCACUACCCAGCACUGCUGUGAAAAGCUUCCUUCAUCGGGAUUAAUUCCAUAUUGGUAAUAUCUGGAGCAGAGAUAUCUCACUGUGGAUUAGAUGCUGAUGCUGACAUUUUUUCUUCAUUACUAAACUUGGCUCCUCUGGGAGAAAAGGAGGACAUUCUUGAUUACACAGCUGAUCCUUCAGAGGUCAGACUCUCUGGCCUGGAUUCCCUGCAGGCUUACAUGGAGGUUCUCCGGAAGUCUACUGUGUUUGCUGCAGAGGUUCUGGACGUGUUUGACCGAUCAUUGACUGAAAAGGAGCUGGUGUCCCAGUCUAAAGAACUUUGCAGAGACUACAUCCUGUCCAGACUCAACCAGAAUGGACUAGGAUGGUCAAAAAGUGAAAUAAACUUUUCUCCCUCCAAUGCAGCACUCGCUGAGGUGUCUCUGGUGCUCCUCUGUCUUGGAGAUGAGCUGGAGUGUCUACAGCCUGGUCUGUACAGGAACGUGGCGCGGCAGCUCAGUAUUUCUGUUGCCAUGGAGAACAUGGUUUCAGAUGCCUUCCUUGGCGUGGCAACAGAGAUCUUCUCAGCAGGUAUAACAUGGGGUAAGGUGGUAUCCAUGUAUGCAGUAGCUGGAGCCUUGGCAGUGGACUGUGUCAGACAAGGCUAUACCACUACAGUGCACAUCUUAGUGGACACUCUAGGACAGUUUGUCCGCAAAUUCUUGGUAUCUUGGCUGAAGAGGCGGGGAGGAUGGACGGAAAUCACGAAGUGUGUGGUGAAGAGGGAUCUCACCCCCGAAUACAACUGGCUAACCUCCGUUGUGGAGUCUGUCAAGUAUUUCCUAACUACAAUGUACGUCUACAUCAUGAAGGAGCCAUGAGCAGCUGGAACAGAACAGAGGAGUCGGCAUAUUAUGUGAAUGAAACCUCAGACCUGUCCAUAAAAGCUGGAUUGAAGAUGGUCGCUGUGCUCAAUGAGGAAUUAGCCCUCCAGCAGACUUUUCAUCUGUUGCUGAAUGGCCAUCAAUGAGUGUUUCAUCAGCAGCGUGUUUGUGUUGUCUCGGUGUCAGAUGAGCCUGUAAGCGAUUACCCUUCAUCCAAAGAGUAUUCACUAUGGUAUUAAAUGGCAUAAAUGGCAUCAUUUGUAUUUUUCCAGCUCGUCUUCACUUUUUCUUGCUGCUAUAUGAAUUUAUGAGUGCAGUAAACCAGGCAUAUCCACUGUAAUGUGAAGCUGUUCAUACUGCUGAUGUUUAGUGGGACUUCUGUCUUAGGAUAUAUAUUUCAAGAGGAGUGAUGGAGGUGAAAGCUGGGUUUGCAAUGAAACUGAUUCUCAGCUGACUGGGAUGGCACUUUUGAGUUUUCUUGGUCUUAAAAAGGCUGUUGGAAGUGUUUCAGUCACCAGUAAGUUCUCAUUUCAGAGCAAUAUCUGGUGGUAUCAACUGUUUACACUUCAUAAGUUUAAGCUAUUGUACUUGACCAAAGCACAGUGUUUCUUUUCCUAUAAAAUUACUCUGGAAAUAUUCUGCAGUUUUUUGACACGUGACCUUUUUUUUUUAUUUUUUAGCCAAAGAACUUAGAGGACUACUACUACUGAAUGUGAAUGUAUUGGCUAUACUGAUUUGUUUUUAAUCUGUAAAUUGUUUAUUUAUAAUUUUAUUAUUUUUUUUUAUCUGUAGUUAUGACCAACAGCUGAAACCACUGCAGUAUAAAGACUGCCACUACGACAACUCUAAGAUUGUGUGUUAUGGGUGUCACUCUCACAGUGUUAAUUUGUAAAUAAGUGUGGCUGAUUUUUCUUUUAAACCCACAAUAAAAUAUAACCAAACCCCUCAACAA